AAAAUUAAUUAUUCAUAUCAUAAUCAGAAUUAAUUUGAAAAUAUUCUCCAGAUGAAUGGAGAAUAUUUAGAACUAAUUUACAUCAGGUUUUUGACUGACUGACAUAAGAAAGGAGGAUCGAUUAAAUACAUAAUUUCUAAAAAAAAAAUGCGUGAAUUCGCGAAGGCGAGCGUAGAUUCUCGACCGAAUUCGGGGGACGUCGCGUCAUCGGUGGUCAGCCAUGAUACUAGGGGAGGCUUUUCAGAUGGAGCGAUGAUGGUUCUCGGUACUCCGAGCCGCCACGGUGCUCGCUAGUAGGGAUAGUGCAUGUUGUGUUCGACGUGUGUUGUAAUGGGAGGGCACCGGGGGUUCAGUCUCUGAUGAUCCAGGUGGCAAAGAAGGCGAGCGUACUGAAGAGGCGGAAGUCGCGGAACCGGAUGGACGUCCAACAGCAGCAGCAGCAGCAGUCGCAGCCGCCGGUGACGAUAUCCGGUGGCAUAUCCAGCGGCGGCGAUGCCGGAGGCCAGAACGAGAACCAGCGGAUGGACAACCAGGGUGACAUUAUCUUCUACAUGGAGGAACCGAAAGCGGGCACGCCUAAUCGCGUCAGGCGCGACAACCGCGUAUUUCCGAUUGGCAGGGGAAGCCUGUUCACCUCGCAGACGAGCUCCGUCACCGAGGCUACCAGCGACGAGAACGACAUCGAUAUGGAGGAUCCGCCGAGAGUCACCACAUUAACCGAAACCCAUCGGAACGCCAUAAGGGCUAUCAGGAAGAUCAAAUACUUCGUGGCGAGGAGAAAAUUCCAGCAGGCGCGAAAACCGUACGACGUCCGCGACGUGAUCGAACAGUACAGCCAGGGUCAUCUGAACAUGAUGGUUCGAAUAAAGGAAUUGCAGAGGAGAUUGGACCAGACCCUGGGCAAACCGGGCAGCUACCUGGCGGGAAUCGACCGAGCAGGGAACGUGAAACCAAUGACUAUAGGCGCACGCUUAUACAGGGUGGAACAACAGUUGUCCGUGAUGGACAAGAAAUUGGACCAGCUGGUGUACGUGCUGAACGCGGUGGCACAGAAGCAGCAAAUACCGCUGAGGAGCGUGGAGGACGAGGUGUAACGUAGAUCCCGGGAAGCUCUUGUGAAAGCUCGCGCCGUCUGCGUUCGUCGACUCGGACCCGUGUCACCUAGAGAACCACCGCUACGUACGGUGGACACGCGGCCGGAUCGAUGUCCCGGAUCAGGCGGGUCGAUCCGCCGGAACGCCAUGAAUCGUGAACCGGGGAUUCAAACGGGGACCGAAGACACGGACAAUUUUAUCGGAGUUUUCUUUCCCUCGUUUCUUAUUUAUCGACUAAGCUCGUUGAUCGAGUGCCCAUUGGAAGAACGAUGAAUCGCAGGAGAGACGAACGGACGACGGAUCGAUAACGUCCUAACGAGGAUUCGUGAGCGGGUCUCUUCAGGUAAAGGAAACGAAGAUGACGAGACCUGUUUAAAAUUACGAAGGGCUGGUCCUAUGAUGUACUGGACAGUUGGUACAGUGUCGUGGAUUUAAUACUAGUGAAUAAGUUGGUGCGAAGAGGACCAAUUAAUACGAGAAUUUGUGAUAAAGUUGGUUUAGACGUUCGGAGACGAGUAAUGAAGACAAUUUUCUUUUUUGUUUUUAAAAAAACAAAACAACCGAUGAACUGGAUUAAUCCUCUGUAGCUUCCUUUAUUUAAACGCUCUCGAUCCAGCUUCUAAGUAGACUAAACCGCAGGGACUAAAAUGUCGCGUGCGAGAUUAACAGACGCGAGCGUAUCCAUAGUUAAUCAGCGGAUCGUCCGGCGAGCAAACCCGCAUUUCAGAUGAUUCGAGGAAAAACGAGGAGGACGUUUCUAUCGAGAUCUCUUCGGAAAUUAAGGGAACCUCUUUUUUAAUCCAUGCGACGGGCUCCUCCCGUGAGGAAGUAAUCGCGGGGGAUCGGAAAACUCGUGCAACUUGUUUCGAGUUGCUCUUAACGGAAUCAGUGGUCUUCGGAGAACUCGCGAAACGAUCACAGUUAAACGCACAGAAACGUUUGUUCGCUUCGGACCAACGGUGAACGCUGUCACACACGAACGGGGGCGUUGAGAAUGCAGAUAAAUAAACAAAUCGAUAUCUUGGCGCGUUGGCGAAGAUCAAUCGCGACUUCGGAUCGAUCGACGAACUGAACGAGGUCGCCGAGAUCUAAGAAUUGUCCGAGCAAGCAGGAAACGAGUCUAUCAGAACGAAGAAAUUGGUGGAAACAUAUUGGGAACAUCACUUGGGCCAACCAUAUACAUAAUGUAAUUGUAUACAUAUUUACGGAUACAAACUUCUAGUCUCCUGCUGGUAAUAACAAGCAAUUAUUAAGCUUUAAUCACGAACUUGAAAAUAUUCCUUGCUAGCCUAGUUAAAAACGAAAUCAGACGUUACAACGUUAACCGCGUGCACAGGCUACACGCAUUUUAUUAUCAUAAGAAUAAUUUCUUCGAAAUCAUGUUUCUCAUUUUAUUAUUUUCUCUUCUCAACCGUUUUCUGAAUCUAAUGGAAAUACUUUUAACAAUCAUGAUUAGUACAUUUUUCUUUUAUCAUAUUUUAUUCUUGCAACAAAGUUUUCUGAUCUCAGAUAUUAAAUCAUAAAAAUCAUUAUUAUACUCGAGUCUAUUAUAAUUAACAAAUAUAAAUUUUGUAGCCACGAAUGUAAAAAAAAAACCAAGAUAAUUUAUAGCAUAGUGCUAUAUUAAAAAAAGUUCAACAAAAAAAAAAAGAAAACAGAAUGGAAUUAUAUUCUGCAUAUGUAUAAAUACAAUUUAUAUUUUCUACGUAGGCUAUCGGCAAUACGCGAAGUAUAAAAAAAAUUCGUGCUGUAACGAACAUUGCUAUCGGUACUGUAAAAUGUAAUAUAUGUGCAGGUCCGUAA